AGCUCUCUGGGAAAUGUAGUCUCCUUGUGAUGACGUCACUGCCUCCGCGCCGGAAGCCUUUCCCUGCUGAGCUGGUGGCUCUGGCUUUGGCUGUUGCUGAAGGGAGCAGAGUGAGUCGCCAUGGCGCCAAAAGGAAAAGUGGGAACCAAAGGUAAAAAGCAGAUAUUUGAAGAAAACAAGGAUACCCUCAAAUUCUAUCUGCGGAUCAUUCUGGGGGCGAAUGCCAUUUAUGGAAUUGUAAACCUUGUGGUUUUCUAUGUAUCGGCAACUGUCUGGACUUGGAUUGCAUUUGUGUUCAGCUUGAUUGUCUAUGGGGCCAGUUACCGCUCCAUGAGCUCCAUGGCGAAGCCUUCUUUUGCGGAUGACGGCAGCCUUGCUGAUGGUGGAAUUGACCUGAAUAUGGAGCAGGGGAUGGCAGAGCAUCUGAAGGAUGUGAUUUUGCUCACAGCCAUAGUCCAAGUGCUCAGCUGUUUUUCCCUCUAUGUGUGGUACUUCUGGCUCUUGGCUCCAGGGCGGGCGCUCUACCUUCUAUGGGUUAACAUUUUGGGGCCAUGGCUCACCGCAGAUUCUUCAGCCCCCAACCAGGAGCCCAAUGAGAAGAAGCAGCGCCGGCAAGAACGCCGACAGAUGAAGCGUUUUUAGCACAGCUCAUAAGCAUGGAUGUCAUGCCACGUUUUGUUUUUCUGUGGCUGUUUAUCAGGGAUGAUUUUUUUUUUAACCAGUCAAAAAACAUCAGGGGCUUCUUCUCUCUCCAGCUCUCCUCAUAUCUCCCUCCACCAUAAUAACAGUACAGGCUAAGACCACAUUACUUUGGGGGGUGGCACCACCAGGCAGAUACUAGGCCUUCCAUCUGCUUUUGACAAGGGGUGGGGACCCUGGAAGACUGAAGGUUUGUAAAUAUCUAUAGUGUAAAGAUGUAAUAUGGACAUGAGAAUGGACAUAUUGGAGGUUUAAAGAAACGACACAUUAAAAACAACAACAAAUCUA